AAAGCGAAGAAUAUAUAAAUUGGGUGUCGCUUGCCUUGGACGGUCGCAGUUAGUAUUUUCCAACCAACGGUGCCUCACAGGUGUGCAAAGAGCUCCAGCAACAGCAGGCAGUGCGAGUGCAAGCUUUUCGGUUUUUCUUCUUUUUUUUUUGUAUUUUUUUCGCUUACGCUUGGAUAACAAUUUUGGAUUAAACACCGCCCACACCCCCACCCACCCCCCACACACAAGCGCAAAAAAAAUAUCGAAAAAAAUACCCAAAAACCUUUUGGAGGAUAAAAAAGUGCUUUAAAAAGUGUCGUAUUUGGAGAUAGUGAACAAUCAUCAUGCAGAUCGUGUGGAAGACCGUGUGGAAGACCGUGUGUGUGGUGCUCUGCCUCACGGCCACUUGCAGCGCAGGACCGCUGACCGGCCACCAGAAGAGAAAGAACCCAGCACGCGAGGAUAAAGCACCGGCAACGGCCACGCCCCCGACCUCAGCUGAAGUCCAGGAAAUCCCCAACGAAACGGAAACGGAGUCGGCGGUGGCGGCGGCGGCCACGCCCCUGGGCACUCUGACCCUGCCCAGCAAUGCCACAUCCAUACGGGCGGACAUCACGGACAACUUUUCGUGCGCCAACAAGACCUACGGCUACUACGCGGAUGUGGAGAACGAUUGCCAGAUCUUCCACGUGUGCCUGCCGGUGACCUACGCGGACGGCAGGGAGAACACCUUCCGUUGGAGCUUCAUCUGCCCGGAGGAUACGAUUUUCAGUCAAGAAUCCUUCACGUGCAUGCGCCGCGAGGACAUGACCAUCGAGUGCGAGGACAGCGCCCGCUACUACGAGCUGAACGGCAACUUUGGAGGCGCCCCCGUCCAGGAGGAGGAGAAGCAGCAGGAGCAGGUUGCUGAGCCGGAGGAGGAGGAGGAGGAGCCAGCCCCGGCCACGUCCUUCGUCGAGCCAGAACCCAAGCCCGUUGUCGCCCAGCCCUCGAGGCCAGUCAAGGUGCAGGCCAAGCCCAAGCCAAAGCCCAACCGCCGCAAGCCCCAGCCACAGGCCCAGCUCCAGCUCCAGUCCCAGGCCCAGCCCCAGCCCCAGAGGAAGACGCCAGUGCCAGUGGCCCCCGAGCCGCAGCGCUUCACCAUGCGGCCCCACAAGCCCCAGCCUCUGGCAGCCGCCCCCGUACGCAACGAGCUCUUUGCCGGCAUUCGCAAGCGUCCCGCGAUCUUCAAUAAGCCCACAACCACCCCAAGGCCCGUGGAGGAGCUCCUAGAGACCGAGCCGGUUGUCACCGAGGCGCCUGUACUGCAGCUGAGCGAGCCCCAGCCCACGGUCCAGCUGCAGACGAUGUUCGAGGAGGCCGCAGAAGAAGUGCCGGAGCCAGAGCCAGAGCCGGAGGUGCAGGCCUCGGAGCCAGCGGUGGCCAUAGCGGAGCCAGAGGAGGCACCCAUAAAGCUGGAAAUUGCAACAGGACUCGAGGAAGUGAAGCCCAUUGAGGCCAUCGAGGAGAUUCCCGCCGUCAUUGUGGAGAGCUUGGAGGGAGAAAAGCCACAGGAUGCGGAGCAGAAGCCGCUGGUGGAGGAGAUCAAGCCAGCUGCUGUCGAGGAAGAGAAGGAAGAAAAGGAAAGGCCAGCCGACGAUGAGGAGAAGGAAAAGCCAGCCGCCGAAGAGGUGAAGGAAGUCCCAGCCAUCGAGGAAGACAAGGAAGUUCCAGCCGCCGAAGAGGAGAAGGCAGUGCCAGCCAAGGUGGAGGAGAUCCAAGAGGGAAACCGCAACAAGCCCGCCAUUACCGAGACCGACGAGGAGAUCCUCAGCAGCAUUGAAGCCCUCGAGACAGCGCGGCCAGCCGAUGCUCCCGAGAGCAUAGCGGCCUCGCCGGAGAUGCACGAGCACAGUCCCCUGGUGGAGGAGAUCCUGCUCGACAACAAGGAGACCCAGGAGUCGCUCGGCGGCUUCAAGCCCGUCGAUCCAGCGAUGGCCGCCGAGGCCGAGCAGCUGAUCACGGACUUCCUCAAUACGCUGAAGAAAAGCGAAGAGAAACCCGAGACUGAGCUGGCCACAGCCGCCAUGGACAUGGCCGAGACUCUCGGCCAGGAGCUGGACACCAAGCAGUCGCCCGAUGUCUCCGUCGAAGAGGCCAAGCUGCCGGAGCCCGAGAUCGUGGACAAGAACGCCUCGAUCGAGGAGCAGCUGCCGGAGGAGUCGGCCCUUCAGAAGUCCCCGCCAAAGAUCAUGACCGACUCGCCGAUCAUACAAAUCAUGCAGUACAACCACCUGCCCAUGGACUACCAGAUACCCGUGCAGGUGGUUCCCCUGGGGGAGGAGGAGGUGCAGCCACAGGCCCCCGAGGCAGUCCCUGAGGAGGCAACAGCCGCCGCCCCCGAGGAGGCAGGCCCCCAGACGGUCGAGGAAGCCCCUGCCGCCUAUAUGCCCUCAAUCAGCAUCGAUGAUAUUGUGGAGCUCGUCAAGGAGCGCCUCGACCAGACGCCCAAGAACCAAGAACAGAUGGCUCCCAUGGAGCUGGUCGUGACACCCGGCGCUGCUGCCCCCCUGGCCCUGAUUCAGAGCCCGAAACCCGAGCAGGAGGAGGCCUUGGAGCAGGAGAAGGCCUCGGAGUCGGAGCCGGAGCAGGCCUCGGAGCAGGAGCAGGAGAUGAUUCUGCCCAUCUACAAGCGCGUCUCGAUGGCCGAGCCGGCCAUGACCAAGGUGCAAACGCUGCCCGUGACUGUGAGCAAAGUGGAAACGGAAACGGCCAAGGAAUCCCAGUCCCAGGCCGAGUCCCAGUCGCAGUCCCUUGGCAAAAUGGAUGCCCGCAAGCGUAGAUUCCUCUUCCGCGCCGAUGCCAGUUAGGCAUCUCUUCUAGCCAAAUACCCCCCUACCCCCUCCCCCUCCCUUCCCCACCCCCCUCUCACGUCCUAGUUCCCCACUCAUUUGCACUUUUAGGCAAGCCUUAUAUUAAUUUAAUUCCUUUGAUUUCCUAGUUUUACACGAGAGUUGAAAUUUAAGCAUAGAAUUGUUGUUCCAACGAGUCAAAGAAACACACACACACACACACACACACACACAUUACA